UUCGCUUCGAUUAUUGGUUGCGUAGUAUUCGUUCGAUUAAUAAUCGAUUUCUGUAGGAAGUAUUCGAUAAAUCGAUUAUGCGAACGAUUAUCGGGUAUCACUACUGUCAUCCAGCCAGCGGAGAAGAAAGGAAAAUCAAAACUCUGCGUCAAAUGUUUGAGUGUGCGUUGUCUUCUCCGUCAAUCACAAACCGUAGCCAACUACAAAACUAUACAUACGAGAUUUCUGUUCCGUUCAAAAGGAAAACUUCUUUCUCUGGCCGUGGAUCCCGUUAGGAAAUUGGUACGUUUUUGCUACUCGGCUCUGCGGUCCCGGAGUGAAAUCGGACGGUCGUAAAUUCGAGCGGAGCAGCAGUCGUCAGUCGGGCAGAGAAUAGUGCUGCGGAGGAGCAAGAUUUUGGAACAAGACAGGCAGUGAAGCACAGCGAUGAAAAUAGCACACGUCGAUCGGUUGAUAACUCAGAGGCAGAAGCAUACGGUGUGCGCGUAAAUCGAUUGCAGCAAGACGCGGAAUAAAAACAACAUUCUGUGUAUUUCUAUCCGACGCGUAUUUCGUCAUCAUCAGUGGAAUCUUUUUUUCUUUUUGGUGGAGAGCAAAUCGUUGCGAACAAACUGACGAAGCAGAGCGGAGUUCAACUAUCGUCGUGUUAUUAUCAGUGGUGAAAACUAUCAAAGCAAACAUUGAAACAAACCACACAAAGCACAACUUUCACCCGAGUCCGAGGCGGCCGAGAAUAGCGUCACCACCAGCCCGAAACGAUGACCGCAACGGACAACACGAUUCGCUUCAGUGACCACACGCUGGACAAGGCAACCAAGGCGAAGGUGACACUGGAAAAUUACUACAGUAAUCUGAUCACCCAGCAUGGCGAGCGGAAGCAGCGGCAGGCCAAGCUGGAGGCCUCGCUCAAAGAUGAAGCCCUAUCGGAGUCCCAGCGGCAGGAGAAACGCAUGCAACACGCUCAGAAAGAAACCGAAUUCCUGAGACUCAAGCGAUCCCGGCUUGGGGUUGAGGAUUUCGAGGCGCUGAAAGUGAUAGGAAGGGGCGCUUUCGGGGAGGUGCGGCUGGUGCAGAAGAAGGACACCGGCCAUGUGUACGCCAUGAAGGUGCUGCGGAAGGCCGAUAUGUUGGAGAAGGAGCAGGUGGCUCACGUGAGAGCGGAGCGGGAUGUUCUAGUCGAGGCCGAUCAUCAGUGGGUUGUCAAAAUGUAUUAUAGCUUCCAGGAUUCGGUUAACUUAUAUUUGAUCAUGGAGUUCCUGCCGGGUGGGGAUAUGAUGACUCUUCUGAUGAAGAAAGACACGCUUUCGGAGGAGUGUACUCAGUUCUACAUCGUGGAAACGGCGCUGGCGAUCGAUUCGAUUCACCGACUUGGUUUCAUCCAUCGUGACAUCAAGCCGGAUAAUCUCCUGCUGGAUGCCCGUGGUCAUCUGAAGCUGUCGGAUUUUGGCCUUUGCACGGGACUGAAAAAAUCUCACCGUACAGAUUUUUACCGCGACCUUUCACAAGCCAAACCGUCUGAUUUCAUAGGAACUUGUGCUAGUCCGAUGGAUUCCAAGCGUCGGGCUGAGAGUUGGAAACGGAAUCGAAGAGCGCUGGCGUACAGUACUGUGGGAACGCCCGAUUACAUUGCACCGGAAGUGUUCCUGCAAACCGGGUAUGGACCUGCUUGCGAUUGGUGGUCUCUCGGCGUUAUUAUGUAUGAAAUGUUAAUGGGCUAUCCGCCGUUCUGUUCGGACAACCCACAGGACACGUAUAGGAAGGUGAUGAAUUGGCGCGAAACGCUCAUAUUCCCACCGGAGACACCUAUUUCCGAGGAAGCACGUGACACGAUCGUCAAAUUCUGCUGCGAGGCGGAAAGAAGAUUGGGCUCACAGCGUGGUAUUGAGGAUUUGAAGCUGGUUUCAUUCUUCCGGGGAGUCGACUGGGAACAUAUCCGAGAACGUCCGGCCGCAAUUCCUGUGGAGGUGCGGUCUAUCGAUGACACGUCUAACUUUGACGAGUUCCCUGACGUGGCGCUGGAAAUUCCUGCUCAUCCCACACCGGAAGGUGAGGUCCUCAAAGAUUGGGUUUUUAUCAACUACACCUUCAGACGGUUCGAGAGUCUUACGCAGCGCGGCACGCCGACGAAAAAAUAAAUUCCCCCGUUUGUCUAUGCGGGUUUCGUUCGAAUGCACUUGCUCCCUUGCAGCGCUAAUCUCCCCACAAUUUUACUAGAAACAUUACUACUGUUGCUGCCCCGGGCCGGGUAGCUACUUGGAGACGCAACUUGAGUUUUCAGGCAAUAAUAGUAGCAUAUAUUGAACACACGUAGAAUGCUCGACGCAAACUAACAAAACUUUACUCGACACGCGCGCGCAGAGUUUCGAGGACAGAAAGGUGAAAAUUGACUCAAUGGAAAAACGUAAAUUAGUAUCCUCUAUAAGAAGUACAGAUUUUUAAAGAAUGAAAACGUAAGAAACAAACAAACACACACACCCUCGUGAAAUCAAAGAAUAUCGAUAAUGCAAGAUUAACAUUUAGUAAUAUUUACCUUUAUAUUUUAUUAGAAUCAGUUAACUGCAUAGGUACUCCACUUUUCCAGCUCUCACAGCCAAGUAGACUUAUUUUACACUGAACAAAACAAGAAAAACGCUUGCUUAUUUAGAUAUGAUGAUGAUGAUGUAUAGUGAGAAAAGCAGCCUGACAACUGACAUCGCGACAUCCCGCCCCCAGAAAAUGUAAACCAUAGAAAUCCAUAAGCAUAAUGUGUAUUCCGUUCUUAUCGUUAGGUUAGUGAAAAAAAAAACAAGUUCAAUGUGUGUAUCACAUAGGAUAACGAUGUGCAACUACAGAAGGAAACGUCCUGUCUAACAAACAAACAAACAAAAAAAGUAAUAUGCGUACGUACCGAAGGAGAAUUUUUAGUGAAAUGGAUGGAUAUAAUGCUAAUUAGUAUUAGUAGGAAUUAUAUUUUUUUAUAUCGAUAAUAUUAAUUUUAAGUUUGUAUGUUUUGGAGCAAGCGACCACUUUUUUUUCGCGUAGGCGAUAGAAACUUGAUGAGAGAUAACUUUGGUUGUGUAUAUACUCACCAGAUCAAAUUGGAAUCGAAUGAUGAUGUGCUCUUAUUGAUUUUGUCUGUGAAACUGUUUAUUUGAUGAGUUGUUUUUGCUAUAAGCACCGAGGGUCAGCUGAUGAAAAGGUCAUAUUUUGUUUUUUUAUUUGGAAUAAAUUUUAUUUAUAUAAUUGAUGCGAUUUGAAACAUGUUUGAAGCAAAAAUAGGUGAAAGGGAAUCGUGAAAAUAAUAUCAGUGCUCUCCUACCGUGUUUUGUUUACUGAUUGUGCAAAAGAUAUGUAAAUUGUGCUGCAACAAGUGUGUGUACGUUAAGAAGCGCGUUUUAGUGUAAUUAAUCGAUGAAAAAUAGCAAAAGAGUUUAAAUUAGCUUCCCCCUAUGUUCUAAUUGAAGCUUUCCUUCUGACGGUAUAUACGCGUUGAGUUUGAUUCCCACUUACUUUUCCCUUGCAAUUACAUUCACAGAGACACACAUCCCUAUGCAGAAGAAUAAAGUGAUAUAUAGAUUAACUGAAAAAUUAA